UGAUAGGAGGGUGGUCAUUUGAGUGAGGUUGUUGGUUAAUAGGGUGAGUGUAAGUGGUGAUGUCUCGGGAAGCUUAACCCUGAUGACCAAGGUCUUGUCAUGUGCGCUCCACAGUGUACACUGUCUGCCAGAUCCAAGUGGGGCCGUGGGGCGUCGCGAGCACGGUGGGAGCCCCACCUUGAGCAAGCUUAAAUUUCAGUUCCAGUCAGAAAUUUUCUUUAACUUCUCUUCAACUCGCAACAACAAUAGCAACAGCAGCCGAGCCAGCUUUGCAUUCUUUGCACGCUUUCUUCCCCACUUUGAGAGACAAGCUGGGAGUUCUGCGCAGUUGCCCUCCUGAGGAUGUGAUCUUUGCCAUCGAGGAGUAUCCCUUGCUUUGCAAUACCGUUUUCGCUCGGAAGAGAAACAACAAUGGCGACGGCAUCCGAGUUCGCGUGGUCGAAAGACUUCACCAUCGGCCUCAUCGGCAUGGGCGACAUGGGCAGGAUGUAUGCCCGCCGACUGGCCAGCGCUGGAUGGAGUUUCCACGUUCCAAUUCAGAACUUUGGUCGGAUAUGGUUGGCUAAUCGUUGCGUUCUUUUUCUUUUGUUUCUUUUUAGAGUCAUGGCCUGCGAUAGAGAAGAAAAAUUUGAAGAGCUUGCCAAGGAAUUUGCAGACAAUACCAAUAUUCAAAUUCUCCGCAACGGCCACCUUGUUUCGCGAGCGAGCAAUUAUAUCAUCUACAGCGUCGAGGCGGCCGCCAUUGGUCGUGUAGUCGAACAGUUCGGUCCAUCAACCCGUCUAGGCGCCAUAGUCGGAGGCCAAACCUCCUGCAAAGACCCUGAGAUCAAAGCAUUUGAGUCCUACCUCCCAUCCGACGUCGACAUCGUUUCUUGUCAUUCCCUCCACGGCCCCAACGUCGACCCCCGCGGGCAACCUUUAGUCCUGAUCAAACACCGCGCCUCUGACGAAUCUUUCCAGAAAGUCGAAUCUGUCUUGUCAUGCCUCAACUCUACACACGUCUACCUCACAGCCAAAGAGCACGACCGCAUCACGGCCGACACCCAAGCCGUCACCCACGCCGCCUUCCUCUCCAUGGGCAAAGCCUGGCACGCCAACCGCCAGUUCCCCUGGGAGGAAGGAUCUCGCUACAUCGGCGGGAUCGAAAACGUGAAAAUCAACCUCAUGCUGAGGAUCUACGCCCAAAAGUGGCACGUCUACGCCGGCUUAGCGAUCCUCAACCCAGAGGCGCACAAGCAGAUUGGGCAGUUUGCCCGGUCGAGUACUGAGUUGUUUUACCUCAUGCUUGAGGGCAGAUCCGAUGAGUUGCGUGAGAGGGUGUACAAAGCCAAAGAAAAAGUCUUUGGCGCCGAGGGGAGCCCCAAGUGGGCGGAGAGGCCGCUGCUAAAGGAGGAGCUUCUUGAUCGGUUUUCACUUAAUAAACCCUCUGGGGGAAAGGGAGGGGGGAGGGGGCUGCCGAAUAAUCAUCUUAGUUUGCUGGCCAUGGUCGACUGCUGGUCUGCGCUGGGAAUCGUGCCCUACGACCACAUGAUUUGCUCGACGCCUCUCUUUCGGCUUUGGCUGGGCGUGGCGGAGCAUCUGUUCAGGACCCCAGGGUUGCUGGAUGAGUGUUUGCGGGUGGGGAUUGAAGACAAGAGCUUCAGGAGGGACGAUUUGCAGUUUGCGAUUGCCGCGGCCGGUUGGGCAGAAUGUGUCAGUCUGAGGCAGUUUGACACUUGGAGGGAGAGGUUCGCCGUGACGCAAAAGUUCUUUGAGCCGAGAUUCAAGGGGGCCGUGGAGGUGGGGCAGGCCAUGAUUAAGGCUGUGUUGGAGAGCGAGAAGGAGUAGUGGUGGGAGGGCAUCCAUAGCACUGAGAUUUGUUUAGCAUUGAGGUUACUUCGGGCUGGUUCAAUGUGCUGGUUGUAAUGAUGUUUCCUAUGUUGAUUUAUCGAGCACCAAGAGAGAUCCAUGAUCUUUGGCCAUCAAACCCAACACCAGGAACUAACUACUUCAUCACAAUAUUGCAAUCAUUCUCCUAGGACUCGAAUGUAGAAUUAGGUAUUACUUUGUCCACCAGCUAUAUCUCUCCACUUAUCACUACAAAAAAGAAAACG